AAACCCCGGAAAUCGGCGCACACGUGAUAUGGCUACCCCCAAAUCGUAGCACUAGACUUCGGGCUACCCCACGUUGGGUUGGAGGAGGGGCGCCGGCACAGUGCUCCAGCGAUUGGCUAGCGCAAACACCCUGAAACUUUCCAUCACAGCCUCAACACCACACACAGUUCAACCUACACACAAAAACGACACAACACAUCCUGCAACCCAAUAUUAUAACCAUGCAUAGACGCAGCUAAAUCAAACACCAGCUCGAUUUGCCCUCAACCACCACCGUCACGCGACUAAAGGAGAUGCAUCUCCUCAUCCUCGGCGGCACGUCGUUCCUCGGCCGCGCCCUCGUCGAGCAAGCCCGCAACCGCAACCACACAAUCACCGUCCUCAACCGCGGCACAAAGCCCGCUCCCGAUGGCGCCACCUCGCUCGUCGGCGACCGCCUUACACCCAAUGGCCUCGACGCCCUAGACGGGCUCACCUUUGACGCCGUCAUCGACACAUGGGCCGCCGAGCCCCCCGCUGCCAUUGAAGCCAUGCAGAAGCUACAAGGCCGCGUCGGCCACUACACAAUCAUGUCCACAGUCAGCGUGUACGACAAGACGAAGCUUGGCGACGGCGACCGCCUAAACGACGAAACCACACCCGUCUGCGAAAUCGUCGGCCCCAACGCCACCACAUCGCCGACAUCCCUGCGCCGGCGCGGCUUCGAGGCCGCCGCCGAGAAAAUCCUCCAGGGUACGCCGUGCCUGUUUGCCCGAUGCGGCGUCAUGGCCGGCCCGUACGAGGCCUCGCUGAUUGAGCGCAGUCGUUUACCGUGGUGGUUGGACCGUAUGCGCCGCGGCGGGCGCACACUGGCGCCGGGCCCUGCGCACAUGCCCGUCCAGAUUAUUGAUGUGCGUGAUGUUGCAGAGUUUCUGGUUAGAGCGGCGGAGCGUAAGCUCGAGGGGCCGUAUAACUUGCUGAGUCCGCCGGGGUCUGCGGCGCUGGGCCAGGUGCUCGAGCUGUGUCGUGAGAUUACGGGGAACAAGGCGCAGUUGGUAUGGAAGACACAGGAGGAGAUUAUUGAGGCGGGGAUUAAGCCGUUUGUCGAGCUGCCGCUGUGGCUGGAGCACAAGACCAAUGACUAUGCUACGGUGUACGGAUGGGAUACGGCCAAGGCGAAGAGCGCGGGGUUGCGGUGUCGCCCGAUUGAGGAUACUGUUAUGGAUACGUGGGCUUGGAUGACGGGCAUUAAUGGACCGAAGCAUGCGCCGGAGGGGGUGCAGCUGAAGCUGCUGGGUUUGAGCCCGGAGAGAGAGGCGCUAGUUUUGGAUAAUUAAGUGUCACACUUGUAUUGUAUGGCAUCGAAGAGAGGGGAUAAAAGUACAUAGAUAUAUAUAGAGAUUUGCGACAAGGUGAGGGUUGGAUAAUAAUCAUGGCACAGUAUAAUAAGACACAUAAUACUAGUAUAUAAAUCAAAUUCGAUCGUAUAUUGAAAGGGCCCGUUAGCUUGACCGUGGAGCUGCGAAAGAAAUAACAGCAAAACGCGCUUCAUAAAUAAAUCUACAAACACCACCCUUCGCCUACGGGAAACGGUUUUUCGCUAGUACCAGAACCUGUACCAACAGAUCCUCCUCCAGCUGCUCCUGUUGGUCCUGUUGGUAGACUCGCAUUGGUGAUGUUCGACGAAUCGCCAGUUGGCAUGGCCACCUGUUGACCGCCCUGGUCAAUGUACGGAAGAAACCACGACGAUAGAUAGGCUGCGUCAUUGAACAUGUUGUUCCCCGGCAUGUUGUACCAACCACCAUUGUCUACGUCCAGGUGACAUGACUCCAUACCCACCAUUGCCUGGCCUGGCGCACUGGUCCUCGCCAGAGCCAUAGGCAUGUUCUCUGAGCUCAUGCUUGCCACCCUGACGGAUUGGUAUUGUGGGGUAAGGGGAGAGAUGGCGGCAUAAGGUGGUUCUGAUGGCGAUUGAGAAGUCCCUUCAUGCUGCUGUAUCAUCUGAGCAGCAGCAGGAGGAAGCGGAUGAGUAGUGGUAUGUUCCGUGGCAGCGCCACUUCCGAUACCCACAGGCUGUUGCCCAGUAUGCGGGACUGAGCCCAAUUUACCGCUGUGAUAGACUUGUGUUGUUGCAGAUGACUCAGAGAGGACCUUUCUGUUGGAGCACAGUGAAGAGCCCUGCUCAAGAAUGAAACGGCCUAGGUCGUCCCAGUCACAGCCAGGACCAGGACCAGCAAGCUCCAUAUUGAGGAUUACGCUGGCAUAGCGGUUGAUGAGGCUUGAUGUCUUGGCAUCUUUAGAGCUUGGUGCGUUGUUCCUAGAUCCUGCAUCAUCAUGGCUGUAUUCGAGGAUGGCUUCAAACGGGCGCCAAAUUUGUGCAAGAUCAUGCAGGUACUGCUGUCCUGCAUCGCUGUUGUCUUUUGACUCUCUCUGUAUUUGCGCGUUUGGCGAUGAAACGUGGAGCGACUGGAUUCGGGUGGACAGCAGCGCACAGUAGCCAGCAAAUGGUGACAUGGAGGCUGAGUCCAAGUCGCAUUGCGAGAGCACUGCGGAUAUAAGUCUCGCGGCAAUGAGCAUCUGAGCCACAAUAUUGGAUUGGGCCUGGUCAAAUAGUACAAUCUUUGAUCUCAAGCUCGCAAUGACGAUGGAUGCCUGGCAAAAGAAAAUGUUGGACAUGGCCAAGGACAAGUGAAGCAGCAUGUAGUGGCUAAGUGCAGCAGCGGCAAGCUGUUUGCGAGCAUUCUCCUUGGACCACUCCAGUUGCUUGGGGAGGCCGCCUAGCAGAGCAUCACUGGCAACGCCAAGGAGGUUGAGCUGCGACAUGGCUCUCUCCAAGGAAGUCGAAUCGUGGUGUGACCCAAGGCCGCUUGUGAGCGUCACCACUUGAUGCCAAAUAUCGAGAGACCUAAUCAUCAGUGCUGUAACUCCCAAGUCUUCUCGCCGUCUAGAGGCGGCCAAGUCAGAAAAUAAAUCCCACUGGGACUUUUCGCUGCUUUCCAAGAGGUCUAUAGGUAUGGAACCAUCGAGCUCAAAGAACAUUUCGCCGACCGGCGGCGGCACGUGGACCGUAUCAGCGGCAAUGAAGACUGGACGAUUCAGAAAUAUUGAGGUGAUACGGUCCACCAGAAUACAUGUCCACAUUACUCGCCUUCUGAUUUCACGUUCCCGGAAACCGAGGCUACGGUUUGUGCUUUGCGUUUGGAGAUCGCCAUUGGAAUCCUCAUGUAGUCCCAAAGCGUAGGCCAUGCGAAUAGCCUGACCACUGAGAGACCAACUUCUUUCGUGGUUACCCUCAUGUAAGUCGUUCAUACAAAGCAAGAGUAUACAAGUGAGCGUUGUAAUAUGUGGUUCGUCUUGCUUGUCUUUGCAGAGCUGCCGGGCGCUCUCUGCCCACUUUUCGCCUUUUGCUGCGCGAUCAGAAGACGAAAUUAAUCUCCUGUCUUUAGAAUGUCGCGCUGCUGCCGCACAAAUGGAUAGGAUUAGAAUGGUGGGGAGAUCAUUG